UUGCAAAAUGUUUCGAUCAUUAUAUCUGAUCGGAGUUCUGUAUCUGGUUUGGGUGGGUGCUCAGGACAUCGUACCCGAUGAUCCGGAAGUGCAGAUGCAAAUGCACUCCAUGUUCUACACGGCUCGAGUUGCCUGUGCGGACGAGAACAUGAUUCCAUAUGUUCAAGCGUGUGCUGUUUUUGCUAUUCUGAGCCUGAGCCUGAAUUGCGUCAGUGCUCUUCAGGAUCAUGCCAAGGAUAACGGCGAUAUUUUCAUUAUAAACUAUGAUAGCUUCGAUGGCGAUGUGGAUGACAUAUCCACGACCACUCCAGCUCCAAGAGAAGCUGACUAUGUAGAUUUUGAAGAGGUUAAUCGGAACUGCAAUGCUAGUUUUAUAACGUCAUCGACCAACGUGUUGCAAUUUAAUAGCACGGGUGAAUUGCCAGAGGACAAGGAUAAAGCAACCAGCAUGUGUUAUUUCAACUGCUUUUUCGAAAAGUCCGGUUUGAUGACAGACUAUAAGUUAAAUAAGGAUCUGGUGCGCAAAUAUGUUUGGCCAGCCACCGGUGAUUCCAUUGAGGCUUGCGAGGCCGAAGGCAAGGAUGAAACGAAUGCCUGCAUGCGAGGCUAUGCCAUCGUGAAGUGCGUCUUCAUCAGAGCCCUUACGGAUGCUAGGAACAAGCCCACCGUUUGAGUAUCAGCAAAGUCAGCCUCUGGGACUAAUCAGUAGAAAAUUAUAAUAUUAGCGUUACAAAACCAAAAAUGCUACGAGCAAUGCACCUAGUUGGCUAUAAACCGCAGGCACAUGCAA